AUGGCGGCCAUCGUCACCCAGAAGCAGGUCUUGGAGACAAUACUGACUGACUGCGCCAACCACUACGGCGGAGACCCAAUGGCGAAGCUCAAGUCUCUUCCAGAGAACUACUAUACGAAGACGAAGACAUUGGCGGCGGAUAAAGAAUGGCCCACCGCUCUUGCAGCCAUCGAGGAGGCAUGUCGGAUCAAGCCAAAGGGCCAGCAUCCACUCUGUCGCGUUCGCAUCAGAGCAUCUCCCCACACUAAGAAGGGCAGCGGAACCCAUGUCUCGAGCGUGGCCGCCUGCAUGCACGACUAUCCCUUCAACGAAGCCAACAAGGCUGACGCGAGCGCCGACGCGGACAUGCUCCUGACUGGGCCCGCCACGGAGAUCUCGUUCAGGUACUUCUACUUGCACCGCUGGAUGCUCAUCAACGCGCCACAUCUGUUCGAAGACGACAGCCCCCUUCUCCUCCUUGCCCUGGUCUUCCAGAAGGCAGGCACUGUGGAGACGCUCCUGGCCGUUGCUGGCGCCAAGGUCACCGAGAAGGAAAUGGACGAUACGAUAGCGCGCAGCAUGGGACUGUACCAGCAGAGGUCUGGAAUACUUGGAUGGGCUCAGGCGUUCGAAGAUCUUCGUGAGGCCAUGAGGGGCAGGUGGCACUCCAACAGCGUGGUAGAUUACAAGGGCUAUGGCAAGCCUGGCUCAUACAUGCAUGCCUCCCGCCAGAAGAAGACCCCGGUAUGA